GUUUGCUUAUAUUUGAUGAUACCAUUUUUAAAGUUUGUUUAGCAAGUACGAAACAGGUGAUUGUUAUUGCUCUUGUUCCUCGUUCUAAAAAAAGCUGAUAAACCAAUCAGAAAUGAGGAUCUUGUCGUGUUAGAGAAAAGCGCACUCUUUCGCGCGGGUAAGCGUUACACCUUAUUGCUUGGAGUAUUGUUAAUUUUUGUGGAGUUUUCUCAUGCUUGAGAUGCGCUGAGAGACAAAAUGGCAAAGAACAUCGCUAAGGGUAGCAAAGUUGUUUACCCACCAGGAUGUAAAGAACUAACAGAAGAGUUAGGCAAAGAUGAACUGAUCAAGCGUUUGAAGUUAUUGGCCCGUGCCUUUCAGGACAUGGGCCAAGAUGACAACGAACAGUACUCUAGCCUUGCACUUUACAUAGCUUCUGACUUCUUUAUGGAUCAUCCUAGCAAAGAUGUCCGACUGCUGAUUGCAUGUUGUAUAGCUGAUGUCUUCAGAAUCUUUGCUCCUGAAGCUCCAUACAGGGAUCAGGAUCAUUUGAAGGAAAUUUUCAAGUUCUUGAUACAACAGUUGCGUGGACUUGAAGAUCCAGAUUCUCCUUCGUUCAGGCGAUACUUUUAUCUUUUGGAGAAUCUGGCAUGGGUCAAGUCAUUCAAUAUUUGCCUUGAACUGGAUGAUAAUCAGGAAAUAUUUUGUGCUUUAUUCAAGCUGAUGUUUUCUAUCGUAAGUGACAAACACUCAAGUAAAGUGAAGAACUUCAUGCUUGAUAUGAUGACACCACUAAUUGUAGAAGCGGACUCUGUCUCCCAGGAGCUUCUGGAUGUCAUUCUUAUGAACAUGGUUGAGCCAAGACGGGGUCACAACAAAGUUGCAUAUGGAAUGGCUAAAGAUCUUCUUCGCAGAACUAGCAAUGCCAUUGAGCCUUAUGUGAAUGCUUUUUUCAAUAACAUGCUUAUGUUGGGCAAAACAUCAGAGAGUGAAGUGUCAAAUCAUCUGUAUGAGCUUAUUUAUGAGCUGAAUCAAGUGUCCCCCUCCAUUCUUUUUGCGGUGCUUCCUCAGUUGGAGUUUAAACUCAAGAGCAAUGAGGAACAUGAGCGAAAAAAUGUCACAAAGCUGCUAGCAAAGAUGUUCUCAGAACAGGGCUCAGACCUGGCAUUAAAAAACAAGCCAUUGUGGGUUUGUUUUCUAGGAAGAUUCAAUGAUAUCAGCAUUUCUGUGCGAACUAUCUGUGUUCAGUAUGCACAGCAUUUUAUUCUCAACCAUCCUGAGCUGGUCAAAGACAUUCUUGAACAAAUGAAGGUCAGGCAACAUGACCCUGAGGAGACUGUGCGUAUGGAGGUGGUGAACUGCAUGCUGCAGGUAGCGAAACGAGACUUCAGUGUUGUUACUGAUGAAAUGCUAGUUUUCAUCAGGGAAAGAACCCUGGAUAAAAAGUUCAAAAUUCGUCGUGAGGCACUACUAGGACUUGGCAAUAUCUAUAAGACUGUGAUGAGCAAAGAUCCUGUUGACCCACAAGAGGCUGCACGGGUAGACUGGAUCAGAAACAAGGUUUUUCAUCACUAUUACCAGAAUAGCAAUGAUGACAGGUUGUUGGUGGAGCGCAUCCUCAAUAUUCAUUUGGUGCCAUACACUUUAUCUGUAGAGGAAAGAAUGCGCAAACUGCUGGAGUUGUACUGCUCACUGGAUGACAAUGCAGUCAAAGCCUUUACAGAAAUGUUAAAACACAGAAAUAAUGUGAGACAAGUCUUGCACCAGUUGAUUGAUGCCCAUGAGAAACAGGACCAGCCCAAUCCACCUCCAAUCAUUCCAAGACUCUCUGCUCUGGCCCGUACACUUCCAGAGCAGCAAAAACCACAUGACUACAUUAAAAAACUCAACAUUAGCCUGCGUGAUGACCGGCGCAUGCGGUACCUUUUUAAGACACUAGUUGGCACUGACUGCUCUUGCAAAAGAGCUGAGGACACUGUGAAAGAAGUCUUGAAGAAAGUUGGCUGCCCCCCAGGCCAGAACACAUUUUACUACAACUUAGUAAAGUCCCUGCUGGAAAGAGUGGCACCCGUCAUGAUUGAUUCCAGUGCUGUACUUCAUCUAGUGAAGCUAGUAGAUGAACUCAUUACUGGCCGUGGUCCACUGGCAGACCUUGUGGACAAUGCCCCUUCUAAAGGCAUCAAAUUGCUGCUGACAUUGUCCUUCGCAUAUCCCCAUUGCUUUAGGUCUAAGGAAGUGUAUGAAGCAUUCCUCACCUUUUUGAAACAUGACGAUGAUGUUGUAUGUAAGUUUAUUUUAUAUUUUUUUUUAUCUCACGGGUCUGGUUUAGAGGAACAGCAUCCAACGGUGUACAUGAGUCUGUUGCCUGUGCUCAUCAACUUGGCCAAAAUGGGAACACCAAAACAGACGAAACAUGCUAUUCGCUGCAUCAACAUUAUCUGUCGCAACAAGGAGCCCAUCCUGACGCAAGUGUUUGAGCAUGUACAGAAAUCCCUGAAUCCUGACUCAGCAAACUACAUUACAUCCAUUGUGGCCUUGGGUCACAUUGCUCAGCUAUGUCCACAAACUUUUGCCACAGAGAUGAAGAAUAUAGUCACCAAAAUAAUUGUUAAAGACCUUCUGAUGCAAGAUAGGACAUCUGGUCCACCUACAGAGGAUGGGUGGUAUGCUGAUCACCUGGUCACUGAGGAAACUCAGGCGAAGGUACAAGCCAUGAAGCUUUUAGUGCGGUGGCUACUUGGCCUGAAAAAUAAUACCAACAACUCUGGUACCUCUACCUUGCGCCUGCUGUAUACCGUGAUUAUACAUGAAGGGGACCUUAUGGAACAAGGAAGAAUCAACAAACCAGAAUUGGCCAGGCUGCGGCUUCAGGCAGGGUGCUGCAUGAUGAAGCUAGCAGAAGAACCGUGUUUUGGUGACAUCAUCACACGUGAGCAGUUCCAGGCUUUAGCAUUGCUUAUCAACGACACGUGUUACCAUGUGCGGCUACAAUUCGCCCUUAAACUACACAAAGGUUUGCUAAGCUUGCGCUUGCCACUGGAAUAUAUGAGCAUCUUCUCCUUGGCAGCUAAUGACCCACUGAAGGAGAGGCGCUUACAGCUCCGGCAGUUCCUUGCCACGAACGUCCAAAAACGCAGAGAUUACCUCAGACAAAAUCCUAAUGCCAGAGGUUUGACAGCGUCCAUCCUACCAGACUAUGUUGUGCCAUACACCAUCCACCUGCUUGCUCAUGAUCCAGAUUUCAAGACCUAUGAUCAUGUGGAGUCUCUCAAGAAUCUGAAGGAAUGCCUGUGGUUUAUUCUGGAGCCUUUGGUAAAAAGAGCAGAAGACUACAAUUAUGCAUUUCUGCGCCGUUUGAUUGAGAAAAUCAAACAGACCAAAGAUGCCCAAGGCCCAGAUGAUGAAGAGAUGAACAAGAAGCUGUAUGCUGUAUGUGAUCUUGCUCUUGGUCUGAUGAACAUUCGUGUAUCAAACGUAACACUCAAGGACAGCAAUGCAGAGCCACUGCUACCUUCCAAACUCUUCACGGCAGCUGACAAAUCAUUUAAAAACCUGCAGAGCUAUCUACCCAAAGACUUUCCAUUGGAUGCCAGGCAACACCGGGGAUUUAUUGGGUUUGGUGGGAAGACUCAGACAACCACAGAAAUCAUUGUCAUGAGUCAUGCUCCCAUUGUCAACCCUCUUCCCAAAAGUCCUCGGGUCAGCAGGAGGCGAGAGAGGGAGCCACAACAACACGCAGAGUCCGGGCAAGACAGCGAUGCAAAUGACAGCCGAGACACCAGUAACUCAGAGUCUCCAAAACCUGGAGGCACACAGAGUCAGGAUUCUGAAAAAAUAACACGAAGCAAACGCUUGGGGAAAGCAGAAGAAAUAGGUGGUAGAAGAACAAGUGGAAGCAAAGGAGAAGAUUCCUCUGAUUCUGCUUCUGAAGCAAAGACUGUGAAAACAGGCACAAAGCAGACAAAACUAGAAGACUUUAGCUCCAAAACAAAGAGUGGUGGAGCUGACAAAGACUCCGUUGUGAAUGGUUCAUCAAAGACAGUGGGUCGAAGGACAGGUCGAAGUGGUGCAGGUGGUAGUUCUCAUAGUGGUCCUGUAGAAGGCGAUUCUAAGGCAGCAACUUCAGAACAAAACAGACCUUCAACACGCAAGCGUCGAGCUAGUGGCGAAGAUGGUGGUGGAGCUGGAAAACGUGGUAGAGGAACAGAAAGUGAGAAGAAGCAGCAAGCUGUGAUGAAAAAGCCAACGGCAGGAUCAACAAGCACAGCUGAGGUUUUUGAUCCAGCAGAAACACCCACGUCACAAGAUGCUGCUACUUUUAGUCGCACAGCCCCCAGGAAGCGGGCACCUUCUCCAUCAUCUUCACCACCUCAGCAACACACAGUGCCUGUGAAGAAGACAAGGUUAACACGAGGUGAUCUCAAAAAUAGCGAGGAGAGUGAGACUCAAAAAUCUUCAGGUACAGAAAGUCCUCAUGAAGUUCCGUCCCCACCUGACCUUGAAGCUGCAAAGGCUAGCAGCAGAAAGGGAAUACAACCUGCAGCAGCACAUGCAAGUACUUCCACGGCCAGUGCACCGUCCUCAGCCAGAAACAUUCGGAGAGGUCGCCCAUUAUCCAAUGGCACAUCAGAUGGUGAGGACCACAGCACUCAAGAUACUGAUUCACAGGGAUCUAGUGCUUCCAGCAAGCUGGCGGCACUUACACGUGCUAUUGAGCUUGUUCCAGCAGUGAAGGCCACUGCCCCUAGUAAAGAAGAGGAGGAGGAGGAGGACGAUGACACUUUACAGGUAAAAAGACGAAUGAGGCCUCGGAAAAAGUGACCCGAGCCUGCUGCACAUGCCUAUGUUGACUUGAGAGAAUGAUAGUGUAUGAUUGUACAUUCACAUCCAGAAACAAAUUGUAUCUUUUGUUGCUGACUAGGAAUCUUUUGUACACCUGUGAGUAGGACUAUUGGAUGAUAUGGAUCUUGUUUGACAUGUUUUUGUGUAAUGUAUUUUACAUUGUUGGCAUUGCAUUCUUUUACCAUACCACUUAGUGCUCAUCACCUUAACUUAUCACUCAUGAGCGAUGGUGUUCUGUUCCAGUUUUCAUUGCAUGAUAUUGUACACUUUACCCAUCAUUUCACAAAUUACUUUUGUUGUCAUGGAUUCAUUCUAUUCCCUAGCCUUCCCACUACAUCCUUUUUUCCCUCUUGGUUACUUUUGUAUGACAAAAAACAGCUCUCAGGAAGUUGCACAGAUUCUUUUAAAAAAAAAAAGACAAAAUAUUGAAGAACUACCACACAGUAAAUGCAAGUCCGAUGUGUUUGUCAGCAAAAGGGUGUUACAAGUUUGAACUGUUAUUUAAAACAUUUGUUUGAGGCAACAAAAUGAAAACUGCGAUUGCUGAGAGAUGUGUGCAGUCCACUGCUGUGAACUUUUCUAGCAAAAGUGUAUGUCAUUCAGACCUUCCACAUCUGAACCGCUUUCUUUUCUUUUUUUAGUUAUUGUUUGUGGACAUAUCAUGUAAGUUUUAUCUUAGUGAAAACUAAAAUUUAUGUGAUUUACCCCAUCCCAACCUACCCUGGAAUUCAGCACUAUUUACAGAAAUAUCUAUAGGUUAAAAUUAUUUCUCUGAAAUGUUAUGGUGUUUAGCAAGCAGUCUUCUAUAAACGGAUGAAAUACCUUUAAAAAAAGCAUUGUUGACACAUGGAGCCUUUUUGGUUUUAUUUUAUUAAUUCAGCAGUUUUUUCCCCCAUGUGAAUGUCCAUGUACAUAUAUGGGAGGGAUGUAUGCGAGCACUGUGUGUAGUCCUUUGUGCACAUGCAUAAAUGUAAAAUGUGUAAACAUGUGAUGAUAAUCAGAAAGAGUGACACCCUACCCAUACUCCAGGAAAAUGAAAUUUUUAACUUCUUGGUAGCUAUCAUGGGGAGCUGUAGCCCUAUGCUCCACUGGGUGUAAAAUGGAAUAAUAAUAAGCUAUCACAGUGGGGAAGGAUUGGGGGGCUGGUGAAACUGACCCUAUUUUGUGCAACACAGAUACUUAACACAAAUGAUUCUUGAAAGAAAAGAUGUGCAUCUAUUGAUGCAUUGGAAAUGUCUCGUAGGAUGAUUGCUUAGGAAAACUACAUGUAUUCUGUUUCUCAUUAUUAAGAUUUUAUAUCUUGUUCUUAACUUUCAAGUUCAUGUUGUUAUUUAUUUCUUUGCAGUCAGAAUUUUUCCUUUUCGAGUAUUUUUCUUAAUACUAAUCUUUCAAGUUUGUUCUUGGAAGCAGUAUAGGUCAGUUCUUCUUGGUACAUAAAGGAGGCACAGAUUUGUUUUCUACUCAUGUAGUCUUGGCAUCAUAUUUAUUAUUAAUAGUUCAAACCAAGGUGUCAUUCUGCCUUGUUGAGACUAACACACUGCUUAUUCGUUUCUUUGUAAUUACAGUACUGGCCUCACAGUUACCUCCUCUGACCUUUCCCCUUCUCCAUACACACACUCCCUCAACACCUGCACACCCACCCCACCCCUAAACACUCUAAGAAACAAGAGCAUAGCUCAGCCUGCAGGUUGCUGUACUGCUGGCAUCAUCAUCAUCAUUCAUUAUUAUAAUGUGUGAGUGCCUUUGGUGUUGCCGAAAAAAAAAAUCUGAGAAUGUAAGAAAAUACUGAUGACCCAUCCAAGUGUUCAGUUUUUUCCUCAAGAUUUUACAAAGACCACAAAGUGACCAGAGACCAAACAAAAUGUCUGUUGUAUCUGAAAAACAUAUAGGUGAUCUUUCCAUUGAAAAACAAAGGAUCUUAUGCAACUUUUCUUAUGUCCCAGUUUUUAUUUGAAAUGUUAUUUAUUUUUUGUACAAAACGUAUAUAGACAUUUGGCUCAGCAUAAACCCUAAAUACACAGCAUUGUUGUCUUUUCCACCUCUCUCUCCCCUCCAUCCCCUUAGACUUUUUGAAGAUCCCCCAUCAUAACCUUGUACACUAAAUAGGUUAAAGAGUUCUUACCUGACAACACAUCAUCAUUAUCAUUGACUGUGCAGCUAUUUUCAGUUCUUUGAAAUGAAUCCAGAUAUAUUCAAAUUUACCUUGGAACCGAUGGAAUUCUAAUUGCAACAUAGCAUGCUGGUAAAAACAUCGAGUGCUGGUCAGCGAAAGUUAAAGCAAGAUCUCAGUCAAUGCUGGUCAGAAAUCUGGAGUGUUAGCCGCAUCAGUUUGAUGCCGCUAUAGGUUCUGUAUAUUCACUUGCUACCAGGAUUACAAAUGACACAAGUUUGUCAAGGUUACAUAAAAAGCAUCUUCUGGUUGGUUCACAUUGCAAAAACAGCUUUGUGAAACUGGCCAGUGGUGAUGAUCAAGUGCAAAGAUCACAAACCAGAAAGCACGUGGGUAAUAUCUGUGUACUGGAGGGUCAAGUUUAUCUUCAAAGUGGGUUAAAGUGCAAACAGGCUGAGACCCUGGGAAAUGCAAGAUAAUCUUGAGGUCUCUUGCUUGCACCAGUUUAUAGUUAUAAUGCCUGAGAGCUCCUUAAGGCUCUAGUCAUGACUUAAGCAACCUCUGGGGUGGCUGUCCUGUGGUCUGUAGGAAGACUAUCAUAACUUACACAGAAAUCAGCCAGCAGCAGCUGUAAACACAAAAGUGCUACUAAAAUUUACAAGUUUGCAGUUGUCAGUACUUGAUUCUUCAGUAGUGUUGAUGUCACGAACAUCAUAAACCAAGAAACCUGUUUUUUAAGUACUGUAGAAGCUUUACAUUUGACUUAACAAAUCAGAAAGUAAAUUUUGUGGGUAUGUGUUUUCCUGUUUGGAACAUUUCCUGUGUUGAUAUUGUUUGCAUAAGUUUUUCAAAUGAUUCUGCAUUGCUAUAGAGUUGUAAAUCUUGCUUGGAAGGAAAAAAAGAUGAAUAUUUCAGAUAUUUUUUUUUUUAUUGUAUGGUUUUUCACUUUAUAACUGAAUGAAUUGCUUUUUAAACUGCCUACUCUUCGUUUCCAUUACGCCAAUUGUCUCCUCAUCUCAGACCGACGGAGAAAAUGUUUCUCCUAAAUGGCCAUAGCUGCCAGUUAGUAAAGUAUUUCAAGAAACUGAAGAAUCAUGGUAGAACAUUUCAUUGUAAAGAUCAUCUCACAGACACGAGGUGUCCAUAUUGAUGAAAUUAAAGAAAUUAUUAUAAA